UUUAUGACAUAGCAUUCACGAUCAAGGGCCUAAGCUCCUAGUAUACGCACUGUGGCGGCAGUCGUUUGUAUGUCACCUUCACUGAUAUCCUCCGCGGAAAAUGUUCAAUGCCAGACUAUUUGUUCGAAUGUUGGACGCCACCAUCUUCUCGAUGUCGCAUAUUUUUAAUAUCCAUGCCGCUUCCUCAACUAAACCACUUCACGUUAUUAGCUAUGACUUUGUAUACCUGCAACCUCACCCCGUGUAAUCCUUUCCACAUCUAUCAUCAUACCCUACCAACACAAUUAAAAAACGGCGUCACAUAUGUGCCUCUAUGGCCGAAGGAGCCUAUGUAUAUUAGCAAUGUUUUUCAAUGUCGUGUACUAUUACAACUUUCACCAUUUGUUAUUUCCCUAAAUUCGCUAGCGACAGGACCGAUAAAGGUGGAGCUACAGCACGACGCACCUGGGUUCAGCUGGUAGUUUAGCUUGAACACGAGACAGACCUUUGGUCGGAUUGAAUGAAUGACCUGAUCCCGAGUCUCUGUAGGCGAAUGCUACCUCAUGGCACUCUCAUUUUGUGAAUUAUAUGCGCCCGAAGGUUGGAAGCCUUAAGUACUAGAGUAUAUGAGAAAAUUUUGACUAUGGUUGUUUAUCUGGAUGUGUCCUGAAUAGGGCAUGGAAAUCCGUGACAAAGUUUCAAUGGUUCCGACCAACCAGG